GGUGGACCUGAGCAGCACUGGGCCGGACUGAUACGCAGCAGACAUGCGGGUUACCGCCGUCCUCUGCUCUCUGCUCGCUGCCUCUCUCGCCGCCCGGCUCAACCAACCCUUCGGCGAAUUCACGUCGCCCAAACACCCCCUGCCUUAUCCGCGAAUCACCAGCCAUGAUUGGCUCAUCUCCGCCCCACACGGUUACACCAUCAAAGUCUACAUCCCCUACAUGGAUAUCGAGUCUUCAGACGGGUGCUGGUCAAGCUACGUCCAGGUCGUGUCGGAGGGGAGUGAGUUGGCGAGACUGUGUGGGAGGAGGGAUGGAAGUGAGGACGAUCCCGGACUCCACGAGUAUUAUUCCGCCACCAACUCUAUGGCCGUCCUGUUCCGAGCCAACACGUCCGGACUCAGACCCUUCACCGGUUUCCUGGCCCUCUACUCAAGAGUGGAUGUGAAUGAAUGUGAGACUGCCCCCCACGGCUGCAGUCACUACUGUGGGAACACGAUAGGUGGACAUCUCUGCUACUGCCCCAUUGGGUGGGAGCUGCGAGGCGAUGGACGAACAUGCAAACGAUCAGGUGUGAUGUGCCCCAGACGUGUCCCGGCCCACAGCGCCGUCAUCCCGUACUGGCCGAAGUUCCGUGUGAAUGACCGGGCAAAGGUGACCUGUAAUCCCGGCUACGAGAUCGUGGAGGGCUACAAGACCAUUCUACACUACAUCAUUGAAUGUCAGCAGGAUGGGACGUGGUCGGAAUCCAGACACAGGUGUCGCCCCGUGGAGUGUGGAGCACCGCUCAACAUAGACAACGGUCGCUUCGUCUUCCUGACCGGCGGUGGGAACACAACAUACCCCUCCGUGUACAUGUGUACACAUCUUGACUGGUUUGUCCACUUGUCCACAGGGAACUUCAGCUGUACAGAGGCCGGGACGUGGGAGAACGGCGAGAGUGGCCCGGUCGUUCCACGCUGCGCUCCAGUGUGCGGUUACCCAAGCCACCCACCCCCCUCUCAGGAGCGGGUGUUAAGAGGCCGAGCCGCGGCUGUGGGGAAUUUUCCGUGGCAGGUUCUAUUCCAGGGACGGCGCGGCGCUGGGGCGCUGGUGGGAGAUCGCUGGGUGCUGACGGCGGCUCAUGUGGUGUCUGGGGCCGGGAAACUGCAGCUGGUCGCCGGACUGACCGACCUCUGGGAGAUGGACAAGGGCAUCCGGCUCCGGCCACGCCGAGUCUUCGUGCACCCGGGCUACGGCCACGGUCCGGUACACAGCUAUGACAAUGAUAUCGCCCUGGUCCAGGUAGAGCCCGCGGUCACCAUGGGUCCCCUUGUGUCUCCCGUGUGUCUACCCGGGCCAGACUCGCGGCGGGAGCUGGUGGCCAGCAAGUUGGGGCUGGUGUCGGGCUGGGGUAUAACAGAGAACAACACACUGUCCUCAAGUCUCAUGUACGCUCGCAUCCCCCUGCGUGAACUGGCCGAGUGCCGGCGCCUGUUGGCCGGGCAACUUGUCCACAUCACCGCCAACAUGUUGUGUGCGGGCGGUGGCGACGGUGGACCAGACUCGUGUCAGGGCGACAGUGGUGGAGCCAUGGUCUUCCCCUCCGCCAAACCCCGCCAGCGGCGCUUCUUUGUCGGAGGCAUCGUGUCGUGGGGGGUCGGCUGCGGCACCGUCGGUUUCUACACCAAGGUGAAUAAUUACCUGGACUGGAUGCAAGACGUCAUGGACAACAACUAGAGUCAUAGAGGCAGCACCUGCUUUCCAUGCCCGGCCCCCACCCAAUGGGUCAACGGGUCAACUGGUCAAUGGGUCAACGGGUCACUGGGUCAAUGGGUCACUGGGUCAACGGGUCACUGGGUCAACGGGUCAACGGGUCAAUGGGUCAACGGGUCACUGGGUCAACGGGUCACUGGGUCAACGGGUCAAUGGGUCAAUGGGUCAAUGGGUCAACGGGUCAAUGGGUUAGAAACAUAGAAACAUAGACAAUAGGUGCAGGAGUAGAGGCCAUUCGGCCCUUCGAGCCUGCACCAUUCGCCAUUCAACAUGAUCAUGGCUGAUCAUCCAACUCAGUAUCCUGUACCUGCCUUCUCUCCAUACCCCCUGAUCCCUUUAGCCACAAGGGCCACAUCUAACACCCUCUUAAAUAUAGCCAAUGAACUGUGUGGCCUCAACUACCUUCUGUGGCAGAUAAUUCCAUAGAUUCACCACUCUCUGUGUGAAAAAUGAUUUUCCCAUCUCGGUCCUAAAAGAUUUCCCUCUUAUCCUUAAACUGUGACCCCUUGUUCUGGACUUCCCCAACAUCGGGAACAAUCUUCCUACAUCAAGCCGAGUCUAUCCAGGCUUUUCUCCAUGUGAAAGUCCUGACAUCCCAGGAAUCAGUCUGGUGAACCGUCUCUGUACUCCCUCUGUGGCAAGAAUGUCUUUCCUCAGAUUUGGAGACCAAAACUGUACGCAAUACUCCAGGUGUGGUCUCACCAAGACCCUGUACAACUGCAGUAGAACCUCCCUGCUCCUAUACUCAAAUCCUUUAGCUAUGAAUGCUAACAUACUAUUCGCUUUCUUCACUGCCUGCUGCAUGCCUACCUUCAAUGAUUGACUGGUGUACCAUGACAAUGGGUUCAAUGGGUCAACGGGUCGAUUGGUCAAUGAUGGGUCAAUGUUUUAAUGGCCCAAUGGAACAGUACAGCACAGUGUCCACCCUGGGAAAAAGGUUCUCACUAUCUCCCCCAUCAAUGUCACACAUAAUUUUAUCCACAUUGUGGAAAGGAAACUAGACUUUAAACGCAUGCACCAAUAAUCUUUGUAAUUCUGCCACAUUAAACAGCUUUGUUCAAUAAAUGUAGAGACUGUUGUCCAGAAGGAUUCUUGU